AUGGAGAAAGUUAUUAAUCAAGUAGAUAAGAUUCUUCAUGAUGGAGCACGUAAGAAUAGUAAAGAACUAAACAAUGCACUCAUUAUGCCAUUUUCUGAUGAUUAUCCAUUUUGUACUAAUGGUGUUUAUUUCUACUGCGGUAAGAUGGGUUCAGGUAAGACAUAUGGUGUUAUUCGUCAUAUAAUGAUAACAGACCGCUUCACUAAUACUCCAUAUUAUGACUCAAUAGUUAUCUCAGCAACAUCAGGAACAAUGGAUAAAACAGCGAAGACAUUUAUGAGUCAAGUUAAAGCACCAGUACUGAAAAAGGAUGAUAAAGAACUUAUGCCUUAUUUAAUGAAGAACGUUAAGAUGAAAGCAAAGUAUUACGCUAUUGUUGAGUUCGUUCAAAGUAAGUUCGAAAAAAUUUCAGAGGAGAUGGAACACAUCUUAACAAAGCAUCAACUAAGGAAACCUGAUGGAAAGUUUGAGUAUAAGAAGAUUGCAAUAUAUGUUGUAAAGAAGUUGAACAAAUAU